AUGAAUUUUGGCGAUAGCUGGAGUCACUGGCUGGGCGAGUGUACGAAAGAGACAACAGAGGAUAUAUUAGACUACUUCUACGAGCAAGGGGGCAAUUUCAUUGACACGGCAAACAAUUACCAGUGUGGAGAGAGCGAAACUCGUAUUGGUAAUUGGAUGAAGAGCCGCGGCAACCGUGAGCAGAUGGUCAUUGCUACAAAGUAUACCACAGCUUUCAUACCUGUAGAGGGCGGGGCCAAGAUCAAAGUCAACUUCAAUGGCUGUGGUGCCAAGAGCCUUAACGCUUCCAUUACCGCGAGUUUACAGAGACUACAGACGUACUACAUUGAUCUGCUCUACGUUCACUGGUGGGACUACAACACCUCAAUACCAGAAAUGAUGCAAGCUCUCAACAGUGUCGUGCUUGGCGGCAGAGUACUGUAUCUUGGCAUCAGCGAUGCCCCAGCAUGGGUAGCUAGUAAAGCAAACGAAUACGCCAGAAAUCACGGUAUGCGCCAAUUCAGCGUCUAUCAGGGUAAAUGGUCAGCUGCCCAUCGUGAUCUUGAGCGCGAUAUUAUCCCCAUGUGCCGUGCCGAGGGCAUGGCCCUUGCUCCCUGGGGCUCACUCGGUGGAGGUAAAUUUAAAUCUGCAGAGCCGUUCAGAAUGCUUAGAGUCCGAGACGAAAAGCCGACUCAAGAGCAUACUGACCAGGAGAAGUUGGUUCUCGCUACACUUGAGGCCGUCGCAAGGCGUAAAAGCGCGGCCGUCACCGGUGUCGCCAUCGCAUAUGUCAUGCACAAAGCACCUUAUGUUUUCCCCGUGCUCGGCGGGCGCAAGGUCGAGCACAUCAAGAAUAACAUCGACGCCCUCAACAUAGCAUUGAAUGCCGAGGAUAUCCGAGAAAUCGAAGCUGCGGCACCUUUUGACCUCGGGUUCCCGCACAACUUCCUCUGGGGAAAGCGUGUUCCUGCGGCGCAGGGCGAUGUGAACUUUGCCGUUCUUGGAGGCAGCUAUGAUCACGUUGAGGAUGUCAAACCCAUCACGCCUGCCAAGGCAGCAGAGUAG